AUGGGACAGAACGCAUCUCAGUUGGAGAAGGAAAUUGGGUCAGAGCAGUUUCCAACCAAUGAACAUUACUUCGGAUUGGUCAAUUUUGGCAACACAUGUUACUGUAACUCGGUGUUGCAAGCACUGUACUUUUGCCGCCCAUUUCGAGAGAAAGUCCUGCAGUACAAGCAGCAGGUGAAGAACCAGAAGAAGGAGACACUUCUCACAUGCCUCGCAGACCUCUUCUACAGUGUGGCCACUCAAAAGAAGAAGGUCGGCACGUUAGCACCCAAGAAAUUUAUAACCAGGCUACGAAAGGAAAAUGAGGUGUUCGACAAUUACAUGCAGCAGGACGCCCAUGAGUUUCUCAACUACUUGCUCAACACCGUGGCUGACUUACUCACAGCGGAGAAAAAGGGCACCCAGAAGCCAGCAGAAAACAAUGCCAACGCUAAACCAGAGCCCACCUGGGUGCAUGAGAUUUUCCAAGGGACGCUGACUAAUGAGACCAGAUGCCUCACCUGUGAAACUGUGAGCAGUAAAGAUGAGGAUUUUCUAGAUUUGAGCGUAGAAGUAGAGCAAAACACUUCUAUAACACACUGCCUUCGAGGCUUCAGCAACACAGAAACCUUGUGUUCCGAGCAUAAAUAUUACUGUGAAGUAUGUUGUAGCAAGCAAGAGGCACAGAAACGCAUGCGUGUGAAGAAGCUGCCUCAGAUCCUUGCCCUUCACCUCAAACGGUUCAAGUACAUGGAGCACCUAAAUCGGUAUAUCAAAGUCUCAUACAGAGUUGUGUUUCCUCUUGAGCUUCGCCUUUUUAACACGUCUGAUGAUGCCUUUAAUCCCGAGCGUCUCUAUGACCUUGUGGCUGUGGUAGUGCAUUGUGGGUCCGGACCAAACAGAGGUCAUUAUAUAAGCAUCGUGAAAAGUCAUGGGUUCUGGUUGCUGUUUGAUGAUGAUAUCGUAGAUAAAAUUGAUGCAAGCCAGAUCGAGGAAUUUUACGGAGUGCCAUCAGACAUGCAGAAGAACUCUUCAGAAUCAGGCUACAUACUGUUUUAUCAGUCUCGGGAGUAA